AUGACAGAAGAGAACUCUGAUGAUGAUUUUCAGUCAACUAUAACUAGAAAAAGGAAAGGUAGGAAACCUACGCCUGUAAAUAGUUCUCAAAAACAAAUGAAGAAAGGCAAAGAGAAGUCUAGUAGCUCUAGUUCUACUGCUAUCGUCGAAUCUAAAUCCAGUGAUGAUGCUCCUCUUACAAAGCCCACCGCCGCUACUGCAAAGUACAACACCGUUAGUGACUCUAAUAAUUCAUCCGCAAACGCAAACAUAGUCAAAAAGUGUGCGAUAGCAGUCAAAGCCACUGUGAAGCCUAUAUGGAAGCCAAAUUAUACACAAGCUUUGCAUGAGCUAGAGUUAGAAGAAGACUUUAACUUUGACUUGAGCGAUUACAUAAGAAAAGAGUUCUUUGUAGAGAUCUUCUUGAGCCCUAUCGUUAGAAACAAUAUAUCUGGAAGGCUUCUUGGUAAAACCGCAAACUAUAGGUCGUUGGUUUCAAAACAUAAAGAAUCCUAUUGUUUAAGUGCAAGUUAUACACCAAUCGUGCUAGUGAAUGCUCAACAGAUAGCACUGUAUGAAUGCACGAAGGUUCAAACCGCAUAUCUUAACAACAUCAAGGCUCAUUUUGGGAAUAGACUAAGGGCUAUUCUAAAUAAAGUUUGCAAGACCAAGGAACUGGCUGCCGACCUGCGCAAAGAUUUGAAAAAGAAAAAUGUAGACAAAAGAGCCGUAAACAAAGCUUUGAGAGAGGAAGUGUACGGUCCUUGCAACCAGAACAAGACAGCACCAAAAAUGGACAACAAAUUUCAAAACUGGGGCUCUGUAGUAAAUACAAAUAACAAGGCUUUCAAAGACCAAGGAAUGAACAUAUCGCUGUGUUUUCAAGAUACUAUCGAAACCGAUGGUGUCGGCGCAUCAAUAAUCAAGCAAAACACUACUAUAAAUAGAAAAAUGGCACAACCUAAGACAAAGUAUAAGGAGUCUGAAGAUGUCGCAAGAUAUAUGGAAAGCCUGAUCCAGGAAGAGCUGAAUGAAGCCAAGAGUAUGUGUGUCUUGAUGGAUUCUGAAAGACGAGAUCUACUCCACUGUAUGGAGACGAGCACCGCGCAAAAUAAGCAAGUCAUGGUUUACACAAAGAUGACAAGAACAAAGGUUUCAAGCCAUUAUAGAAUUCUACAAAAGAAAACCAAGCCUGCUUCCGUCAAAUCAUCAGAAGCAAAGCUCGCAAAGACCAAGUCAUCUUCUGUCAAGAUAGAAGAAUACGAAACGUAUAUCAAGACAAGAGCUUCGGUUGAAAAACCGAUUUGUACUUUGGACAUUUGUUCGUUGGCAAGAAUCAGGGGGUAUUUCCCUCAGCCCAACGAAUCUACUGGUAUCGAUAUGCACGCUACUUAUUUGGAGCUGAUGAUUAAGCAGAGACACAUAUCAGAACGUUUGGAUAAUGGUGGCAAAGCCAAGUUACUUGGGAUUGUAGCAAAAAUGUCCAAAGAAAGCAGUGAUCAAGACAGUUUAAAGCAGCAGGCAAGCCAAAUAUUGGAAAAGCUACAAGUCUUGCCGUUUCGCAAAAUGAAGUUCUCCUCCAAGCUAUAUUAUGAUCAAGAUGAUCUUAUGUUGGUGAAAAAGCUCAAACAAAAAUUUGGUUCUGAUGCUGUUCUUGUUCUCGGUAAUUGGCCUGCUCCUGACACAAAAUAUCAAGAGCUAACAAGAAACAAGGGCCUGAUCCAAAUGCUCAAAGAAGACGGAUCUGUAGUUUUUUUAAUUGAUGAAUUUAGAACGUCGUCUUUCUGUCCUUUAUGUGAGGGAAGGUUGGAGAAUUUUAAAACAUUACGUAAUCCAAGACCCUACAAGAAAAAGACUAGGCCUACUGUACUCUGUCAUGGAUUACAACGUUACUGGGCUAUUAGAUGUAUAUUCUCUGGCUGUUUAGAACAAUUAAAGCCAAAAUUGUGGAAUCGUGAUCUUGCAGCCGUACUGAAUUUCAAGAAAAUUCUAACCUGCUAA